AUGUCGUUUAGAAGUUUGAAUGUAGAUCAGUAUGAAUCCGACUUCCUCAGAGAAGAAGAUCUGUUUCCUCCUCGUGAAACCCCGGCCGACGAAGUCAACCAACAGGUAGCUGCUGUCGUUGACCAAGCCCGUUCCGCCAUUUCUGGUGGAAACGCUGCUGCCUCUCUUCCUGCAUUCCUUUCUGACCCUCCUUAUGGUUACGACGUAGAAGAAGCAAAGUCACAAUUCUUGGCUGCGUUCUUGGAUGUACUGAGCAACAUUCGUUUGUCAGACAUUCCCGACUUGCUGAAAAGCUUGUCGGUUGACCAACACACAUACUUAAUGAACUAUAUUUACAAGGGACUCGCUGAACCCGCCAAGUAUAAUUCUGCUGUCCUCUUGAACUGGCAUCAAAAGUUGGUUGAAAUUGCUGGCGUUGGCUGUAUUGUUCGUGUCCUGAACAGCAGACCCGAUCUUUAA